GUUAUGUGGUAGACCUGGGGAAGUGUGGCCAGCAGGGGUCAGUGCCCUGUGUAAAGGGGAUAUCAGAGAAGUCAAUAAUUGAAACUGACAUGCCAAGAUAUCUGGAAGUCUGUCAGUCUGUCUGUCUGUUUUAGGACUGGAUGGCAAAUGCUGAGAACUGAUUAUAAAAUGCCAGAAAGCUUUCUAUGUCCCGUGUUCUUCACAGUGGAGGGGGAUAGCAGAGAGAAGCCUCAGGUACAGACCCAUCUCUGUCACUAAUCAGAUGUAUACGAUGCCUCACUAUGCUAACCUGUGACGCGCUAUCAAGGGAGCUUGACUAACGGCUCAGCCCCCAUUGGCUUGCUCCAAGUGAGUCUCACUUGUCCCUGUCUGGGAUGCAGCUGCUCUGAUUCUCUGUCCUGCCCCUGUAGGCACCAUGAACACAGAGGGCUCCAGCCUCCCCAUCUCGCCAACAUUCCUCACGACUCCUGCUACUUCUGGGACUUACUCCCAGGCUGCCGACCCUGUACCGAUUCUCCUUGCCCUGGCCUGCAUUUUUCUACUACUGGCCUCUUGCCUGCUGUUCAUGAUGCUGUGCAAGCCAACUGCCCUGGACCCCGGCCGCCAAGGGGCCCGAGAAUGCAUGCCACAUCACCCAGUGAGCCCCAGUGAACCCAGACUCCGGCUCUGGAAGCGCCUGGGCUCGCUGAGACGCUCUCUGCACAGCUUCCGACGAGGCAGGCCUACUAUCCAGCAGUGUCCUCUGCCAGGCCUUGAGGAUCACCGAGGUGACUAUGACUGGACUGAAGCCACCAAGAUGUGACACGGUGCCCAUCCACACACAGGCUCACCCAAGACUAUCCUGCCUCUGAUGGAACCUGGCACCACAGGCCACAGGGCAGUGGUACAGAUACUCUGGACUCCUCUGGGCUCCUGAGGCACCCUAGUAUUUCCCUUUGUGUCUCCCAGGAGACUCGAAGGCCCCUGCUUCUGCUUGUUAACAGACCUUUGAAUCAAAAGAUGAAUACCCAAAGGUCUCUAGACAUGUGCUCUGGGGCUCUGAGGUAUAACUUAAGGGUCCUAGAGCACCCAUUUUGGAAGCUAGGUAUCUACUAAUCCUAGGAAUAGCACCCUUUGGCCCGCCAGAAGCCUUGUUCAUUUCUGAAGGUCCAGCUUAAACCAGCUGCUAAAACAUCCAGAUAUCUCAACUAAGUGGGAUGCUGGCAUCCCUGCAUCUGGGCUAGCAGGGAAAGGGACCCAGGCAUUUCUUCUUGACCUUUCUGUCCGUGCUUGUGGGUCUUGUUCAUUGCCAGCUAGGGCACUGGUAAAGGUCAAAUCAUGAGCACCCUUUAGUGGAACUUGUCAGGACAGCUUGGGAAGACCUGAGGAUGGAUCAAGAUGCUUCCUGUACGCCAAGUGUGGAAGUUCGCACUUGUAAUCCCAGCAUGCAACGGGCCGAGGUAGGAGGAUUGUCUGAGGCAGCCUGAGCUGAACAUGGGAUCACAAUUCAAAUAAAAUCACAACAAAUCAGACAAACAAAAAA